CCAAUUAUCCAGCCGCUCCGAGUAUUUCGCUGACAUGCUCAGUCUCUGCAGUUUGUCUCGGGGAAAACAAGCAGAGCGUUUGGACCGACGCAGGACAUCAGGAGCUGCCGUUUGCUCAACCACAUUUGGAAAGCCACAGCAGCAUGUUUCAGUAGGACUCUGACCCUUUCCAGUGGGGUUAAAAAGGACAUGGUGAAACCACUCUGCCUGGUUCUGCUCACCUUUGUUCCUCUGCUGUGGUUUGCAAGGGAGUCUGACGGGAUGCCGGACCCUGCUCGCAGGGACCUGCUGAUGCGUGAGGAGGUGUCCAGGCAGACGGGAGGCCUGUUGAAGCUCACGGCUGCUGAGCAUAAGCUGGAUACUUACCUGCAUCGGUUAAAGGAGCAGGAGAUGGCGGCUACACUGUUUCCUCCUGCCGAACACUUCUUCAAGGCGAAGGUUCUCAUUGAAAAGAGCCCGAUCUACAAACUGCUGCAGAAGAUGCCUAAAGGCGCAGCGCUCCACGUCCACAGCUCGUCCCUAGUCGGCGCCGAAUGGCUGGUGAAAAACGUCACCUACAGACCUCAUUGCUACAUCUGCUUCACGUGGGACAACUCGAUCCGUUUCCUUUUUUCCAAUCGGCAGCCCUUCCCUCGAUGGGACUGCUUCUACUGGCAGCUGCUGGAGUCGCUGAGAGCCAGGAUCGAGGACAAUGCAGGGUUUGACAACAGUUUAAUCCAGCACCUCACACUGUUUACUGAGGAUCCAGAUGGUGAAUAUCCAAACCAGGAUGUUGUUUGGGAGAAGUUUGAGAAGGCCUUCAUAGCAGCUGCAGGGUUAAUCACCCACGCUCCUAUUCUGAGGGACUACAUCUAUCAGGGCUUAGAGGAGCUUCACAAAGACAACAUUAUGUAUCUGGAGCUGAGGAGUGGUCUGUCAAGGACGUAUGAGCUUGAUGGGACCAUUCACAACAAGGUCUGGACUCUGAAGAUGUUCCAGGAAAUUACAUUGAAGUUCAAACAAAAUCAUCCAGAAUUUUUUGGAGCGCGCAUCAUAAUUUCUGUCCACAGAGCUCUGAGUGUAUCUGAGGUCAGAGCUGCUGUAACAGAGGCCAUCCAACUGAAAAGGGACUUCCCAGAUGUUGUAGCUGGAUUUGACAUGGUUGGCAGGGAGAGCGGUGGGGGGACUCUUUGGUACUUCAGAGAAGCACUGUCGCUGCCAGCUGAACUAGGUGCAUCACUGCCGUACUUCUUUCAUGCAGGAGAGACAGAUGAUGAAGGCACAGAUGUAGAUCAAAAUAUUCUAGAUGCUCUUCUUUUUAACACCACUCGUAUUGGGCAUGGCUAUGCUCUGGCCCACCAUCCGCUCGCCAAGGAGCUUUCUAGGAAAGGGAACGUAGCUGUGGAGCUUUGUCCCAUCUCUAACCAGGUGCUGAAGCUGGUUUCGGAUCUCAGGAACCACCCUGCAGCCGUGCUGAUGUCUGAGGGCCACCCGUUGGUGAUCAGCUCAGAUGAUCCCUCUCUGUUUGGGACAACCGGACUCUCCUAUGACUUUUAUGAAGCCUUUGUGGGUAUCGGAGGACUGAAGGCGAAUCUGGGCACUCUGAAAGAACUGGCUGUCAACUCCCUCAGGUACAGCUCACUGCCAGCUCAUCUGAAGGACCGUGCCCUUGUUAUGUGGCAAAACAAAUGGGACACCUUCAUCUCUGAUAAUUUAUGACUGUCCAAUCACAAUUAAUCCUGUUUGACUUGAACUAUAUAAAGUAAAAGUAGGAUGUUGUCACAGUGGAGUUUCUGUUUUUAGCCCAGUUAAAUGGACCUCUACUGGUGAGUCUUGUAGGUCAGCAUUCACAGUACCUGCUUCUCUGAAACGAUGGGCAGUUUUUGUGCGUCCAUCACAUGUUGUAUCUUCCAUCUCUGACCGCUGCACUGCUGAAGAAUGAGUUGGAAUUGGACCUCUCCCAUUGCUA